AUGUCUCUUGUUCGAAACAGCGACUUUCGACUGCAUCCUAACAUUCGCACUCGUCCCUGCAUCCUGCUAGAUCCGUACAGCCUUCACUGCCGCGAGUGCGGGGCGACCGCAGAGUUUGGGUUUUGCGGAAGCAAGGAGGGCGGAGCUGUGAACUACCUCUGCAAGAAGCACUUGGCUUUCAACGGCUGCUUCCGCGUCGACAGAGAGCGCGCGGUUUGGGUUCAACAUCGAAUGCAGCGCCGUCUGGAAGCGGAGUUGGCGAGGCUCGAAGAGGAGCUGCUAAAGAUGGACGAGGCCAGCUCAUCUGCAGAAAUGCCGGCGCCUCGCGCUUGCUCCUCGCCAGGUUCCGAGCCGGCCUUCAGAACGGCCCCGCCCUCCACGGAACCCAUGAGCCAUGCGCUUCUCGGAACCCCGGGCCCUCCUCGGACGGAGAGCCAAGCGGUGCGGGUCCGGCAUGAGCAUCAGGCCCUCCUCUGUUGCAGUCGCGCCGAAUGCCUGCGGAGAGUGGUGGAAGAGAUGCUGCCCGAAUGGAUGACCCCGGGUCCUCCAGAGACCCGCACCCCGCUGGCGCUCCCCAUUCAGCAGCGGAACAAAGAUUUCACCAGAAGAGGGCGGCGUCGAGCAGGGGGAGUUCUCCUAUGCCCGUGGGUACUAGGAUGCGGGCCCAAAGCCCGUCCGGACCAAUCGGCGAGCAGCGGCGAUGAUCAGCAGCCGCUGCGCGUCUUCAGCGAGGACGAGUCGCAGCAGACGGAGUCGGAAGGGGAGAGCGAGAACAUCGAGGGGGCGGAGUUCGAGGGCGCCGACGAGUCCUCGGACGAGGAGGAGACCUCCCAGGAUCGUGGGCUAUAA